AUGUUCCAGCAACAAGAAAGUUUGGGUCUCCCCACACGGGUGCACUCUCCAGUCGGUGGAAUGCCGCGAAGAGUGCAUCCUGGAGCUGUACUACUGUCUCCACAGUCUACAGCCAUGAAUAGCAUCCAUAGUGCGGGACCACCCGGCGACAAAAACAACGGCUCGCAUAUGCCACUCAGCCCUCAACUUUCGUCUCAGCAUCUUUCCCUCAACGAUCUGUUGGACCAGCAACAAAGCAUGCUCAUGGAUCACACACAACGCUCAGCAGCCGGACCUGCUGUCGUAUCUCCAAUGUUGCAACCAAAUGGCUCCAUGUUUUUGGAUUCGUUCACAAGGCCCACAAGCAGCAUGGGUCAAUUGCCCGCUCCUGCUCCUACCAACAUGGUUAACUUCACACACGACGUGAAUCAGCUUUGCUCGUGGAUGCUGAUGCUAUCUUCAGCCCAACAAAACUCAGUCAUGGAUAAUCUUCUGUCUUCGUUGAACGAGGAAGUCUUGCAACACACCAAACUGAAACUGGACAGUCUGAUUAGCUCGGGGUACAUUUCCCCCAGCGUAAGAUCGCCGCAAGUCAUAGCACCCAUGCCCGAUAGAGGUCUCACACCACAACCUUUGACCCUGGACUCUCUUUUGAACAAUAACCUUGAUCAUAGCAUGAAUCGGCAGUGGUCUCCCUUACCUCAAACUCAUUCAAAUGGACAGCCGAUCUACGACUACAUAAAUGAUCUCACCCACAGGCCACGUUCCGCUGACCCACAGCUAAGAAAGAAAUUUGGUACCCCUGGGAAACAAAUACCAAAAAAGUCGCCAUCACAACCUAAAACGGCGCCCCACAAUGGUAUGAGCUCCCCAACAGGGUCCACUGGAUCGUCGUCAUCUUCCUCGAUGAACCCCAAGACCUUGACGGAUCCGAAACUUUUGAACAACAUCCCUGCAUGGUUGAAAUCUUUGAGACUUCACAAAUACUCGGAUGCACUCAAUGGGAAAUCUUGGGUCGACUUGAUUUAUUUGAAUGACGAUUCAUUGGCAGCUUUGGGUGUCUCCGCUCUGGGAGCCAGAAGAAAGCUUUUGAAGGCCUUUUCUGUGGUGAGAGAUCACAAAGAGCGCGGCCUCAUCGACUCUAAUGCAUUUUAA